AUGACUUCUUUGAGCAGAGAGUUGGUGUUUCUGAUACUCCAGUUUCUGGAAGAGGAGAAAUUCAAAGACUCCGUGCAUAGGCUUGAGAAAGAAUCCGGGUUUUACUUCAAUAUGAAAUACUUUGAGGAAAAAGUACAGGCAGGUGAAUGGGAAGAAGUUGAGAAGUAUUUAUCAGGGUUUACCAAAGUUGAUGAUAAUAGAUACUCCAUGAAAAUAUUCUUUGAAAUCAGGAAGCAGAAAUAUCUGGAAGCACUCGAUAGGCAAGACAAGCCAAAGGCUGUUGAGAUAUUAGUGGGUGAUUUAAAAGUAUUCGCCACCUUCAAUGAAGAACUAUACAAAGAAAUAACCCAGCUGUUAACUCUUACUAAUUUCAGGGAGAAUGAGCAGCUGUCCAAGUAUGGUGACACCAAAACUGCUCGAGGAAUUAUGCUGUUAGAGCUAAAAAAGCUCAUAGAGGCAAAUCCUCUGUUCCGUGAUAAGCUUAUCUUUCCUGCAUUGAAGUCGUCAAGAUUGCGGACAUUAAUCAAUCAAAGUUUGAACUGGCAGCACCAGCUUUGCAAAAACCCAAGGCCAAACCCAGAUAUAAAAACUUUAUUUAUCGAUCACUCAUGUUCACCUUCCAAUGGUCCUCUCGCACCAACACCUGUCAAUCUUCCAGUUUCUGCUGUUGCAAGGCCUGCUGCUUAUACUUCCCUUGGAGUGGGAGCUCAUGGUCCCUUUCCACCUGCCGCAGCAACUACUAAUGCUAAUGCUUUGUCUGGUUGGAUGGCCAAUGCCUCAGUUUCGUCAUCUGUCCAAGCUGCUGUUGUCACCGCAUCACCCAUACCGGUCCCACAGAAUCAAGUGUCUAUCUUGAAGCGUCCAAGAACACCUUCAACCACUCCUGGCAUGGUUGAGUAUCAGAAUAGUGAUCAUGAACAGCUAAUGAAAAGACUCCGGCCUACUCCUUCUGUGGAGGAGGUUUCUUAUCCUUCGGCUCGACACGCCUCUUGGUCGCUGGAUGAUCUUCCAAGAACAGUAGCUAUGUCUUUGCAUCAAGGAUCCUCUGUGACAAGCAUGGAUUUUCAUCCUUCUCACCAAACCUUACUCCUCGUUGGUUCUAAUAACGGUGAAAUUUCGCUUUGGGAACUUGGUUUGCGAGAAAGGUUGGUGUCAAAACCAUUCAAGAUAUGGGAUAUAUCAGCAUGCUCAUUACCAUUUCAGGCAGCUAUGGUCAAAGAAACACCUAUUUCUGUCAGGCGUGUCACAUGGAGCCUUGAUGGAAGUUUUGUGGGUGUUGCAUUCGCCAAACAUUUGAUUCACAUAUAUGCCUUCAAUGGAUCAAAUGAGCUUGCCCAGCGUAUAGAGAUUGAUGCCCAUAUUGGUGGUGUGAAUGAUUUGGCAUUUGCUCAUCCAAAUAAACAACUUUGUAUUGUGACUUGUGGAGAUGAUAAGUUGAUUAAGGUGUGGGAUUUAACGGGACGGAGGUUAUUUAACUUUGAAGGGCAUGAGGCUCCAGUAUAUUCUGUCUGUCCUCAUCACAAGGAGAACAUUCAGUUCAUAUUUUCAACAGCCAUUGAUGGCAAAAUAAAAGCUUGGCUAUAUGAUAAUAUGGGUUCUAGGGUUGACUACGAUGCCCCUGGUCACUGGUGUACUACAAUGCUUUACAGUGCUGAUGGAACAAGAUUAUUUUCUUGUGGGACGAGUAAAGAUGGAGAGUCAUUCCUUGUUGAAUGGAAUGAAAGUGAGGGAGCAAUUAGGAGAACAUACAAUGGGUUCAGAAAGAAAUCUGCCGGUGUAGUCCAGUUUGACACAACCCAGAAUCGUUUUUUGGCUGCUGGUGAAGACGGCCAAAUAAAGUUUUGGGACAUGGAUAACGUUAAUCUUCUAACAAGCAUCGAUGCAGAGGGUGGACUACAGGGACUUCCACACUUGAGAUUCAAUAAAGAAGGAAAUCUUCUUGCUGUCAGUACCGCAGAUAAUGGAUUCAAAAUUCUCGCUAAUGCUGCUGGUCUUAGAUCCCUAAGAACAAAUGAAACUCCAGCAUUUGAAGCAUUGAGGUCUCCCAUUGAAUCUACUGCAAACAAGGUAUCCGGCUCUUCUGUUAAUAUUGGUCCUGUCAGCUGUAAAGUGGAAAGGAGCUCCCCUGCGAGGCCUUCUCAAAUUCUUAACGGAGUUGAUCCUACGGUUAGAAAUGUGGAUAAACCCAGGACAGUGGAAGAUGUAAUAGAUCGAACUAAAUCAUGGCAGCUCUCUGAAAUUGUGGAUCCUGCCCACUGUCGACUAGUUAGCAUGCCUGACAGCCCAGAUACUUCCUGCAAGGUUGUACGACUUUUAUAUACAAAUUCUGGAGCUGGUAUUUUGGCCCUUGGUUCAAAUGGUGUUCAGAAGCUGUGGAAGUGGUCGCGGAAUGAACAGAAUCCUAGUGGGAAGGCGACUGCCAGUGCUGCUCCGCAACAUUGGCAACCCAACAGUGGUCUUCUUAUGACCAAUGAUGUCUCAGGUGUCAACCUUGAAGAAGCUGUUCCUUGCAUUGCACUCUCAAAGAAUGAUUCAUAUGUUAUGUCUGCAUGUGGGGGAAAGGUUUCAUUAUUUAACAUGAUGACGUUCAAGGUAAUGACAACAUUCAUGUCUCCACCUCCUGCCUCUACGUAUCUGGCUUUCCACCCUAUGGAUAACAAUAUCAUAGCCAUCGGGAUGGAGGAUUCAACUAUUCACAUUUAUAAUGUUAGAGUGGAUGAGGUGAAAUCAAGAUUGAAGGGUCACCAAAAGCGGAUUUCUGGUUUAGCUUUUUCAACCAAUCUUGGCAUCUUGGUUUCAUCUGGUGCUGAUGCUAAUCUCUGCGUGUGGAGUAUUGAUACAUGGGAGAAAAGAAAAUCCGUUCCUAUACAACUACCUGUGGGGAAGGCUCCUGUUGGUGAAACUCGAGUACAGUUCCAUUCAGACCAACUCCGGUUAUUGGUAUCACAUGAGACCCAAUUGGCAAUCUAUGAUGCCUCUAAGAUGGAACGCAUUAGACAGUGGGUCCCACAAGAUGUUCUGCCUGCUCCCAUAUCAUAUGCAGCUUAUUCUUGCAACAGUCAGUUAGUUUAUGCUACAUUUUGUGAUGGCAAUACUGGGGUUUUUGAUGCUGACAGCUUGAAACUAAGAUGUCGCAUUGCACCAUCAACGUACUUCACACCAGCGACUUUAAACGGAGGCCAAGCGGUGUAUCCUUUUGUUGUGGCAGCUCAUCCACUAGAACCCAACCAAUUUGCUCUUGGACUGACUGAUGGGUCAGUGAAAGUGGUAGAGCCGAAUGAAUCAGAGGGGAAGUGGGGAUCUAGUCCCCCAAUGGACAAUGGAAUGGUGAACGGUAGGACAGCAUCGUCUACAACAAGCAACCACACACCCGAUCAGGGCACACAACGAUAA